CACGAGACCACGAUCCAGUGACGAGAGGGACGAUUAAGCCUCUUAUUGAUUGUUUGACAACAAUCGUACCUGUGUGAUCGCACGUGUGAUCGCAACCUGCCGGCGCGAAGCGAGUGUCGCGACGUGGAGAACGGACCGCGGGCGGAAAAGGAGAACAGGCGUAACGAUGAUCGGCGGGAAUUCGAUCGCGAGGGUCGCUACCUGCAUUCUGCUUGGAUGCUGCGUGACGAUGCGAGUCACCGGCUCGGCGAUACCGAUGUGGGAAUUUCUCUCGAGAGACGAGAAAAUGAGUCACCUGUACGGGCUAUUCAGCAAACAAGUGGCACGGUUUUGCGACGAUUCCUCGAGGCCGGACUGCAACAAGAACCUGCUCAUAACCGGCAUACGCAGCCUCGCCAGCAUGGACGACAACGUCCUCGACAGGCUGGAUCCCUAUCAGCGCGGCGCGAAGGAAAUGAUUUGGCGCGCCAUGGUCGGAAGCAACAGAUUCGCGUCGAGGAUCAGCCACGAAAACGACGACUCUUACUUCACGACCGGUGCCGACUUGCUAGCGAGCAGCGGUAGCGAGACGAACGGCCUCGGCGAGGAGACCGCGGCGAGCGGAGAUUACAUCUCGCCGUCGGAGCCGAGCGGGCCUUAUCUGGCGGGACCGAUGGUGAUACGGGUCUAUCCGGACGGCCGACCGGUUCCGGAGGACCAGAAGCGCCCGUUGCCGAAGGACGAGGACGCGGAAGAGCUGAAAUAUUCCCGUUUGCCGUCCAUCGAGGAGAUCGAGGCUAAAAGCGGCAGCACGUUCUACGGGAAAGGCGUCAACGAGCCGUCGCCGUUCACCAAGAGGAGGAUGUCCUUCGCGCUCGACGACAAGAGCUACCGGCGGCCGGAAACGAUGCGCCUUCGCGGCCAUCCGCUGCCCUACAAAAGGGCGGUGCUUCGAGGCGCCUUGAACGAGCGCAGAAUACGUUACUACUGAGGAGAGCCCUCGUUUUUCUUCUACCUGAUACGAGAUAUCUUCCCUCGUGGUGGCUCGCCCGGCUACAUUGCCUCGCGACAAUGAGAUUUUUCGAAAAGUUAAUCGCCAAGAUCCUACGGAGAGAUACAGACGACCGCGGUCGUGUCUGACCGCUGUCUCAGACGUGGAAAACACGCGGGAAAAGUUGGAAGAUACGAGCGGUACCAGUUGCGGUCGCGUCGUGGACGACGAUGUAACAAUAACCAGCCGUAAUUACUAAUUCAUCGCGCAUUCUAACUUAUCUGAUAUCGUCGCUGCGGUAAGUGCGAGAGGGGGGAGUCGUGCGGUAUUUUUCGGAAUCUCCGCGCUGUCGAGUGUCGGAGCGAAAGACGGGGAGGAACUUUGUCUCGAGGCGAGAGUUCGCGAUUUGCGUAAACGCGCGUCGUUCGGGAGAAUUCGCGGGCUGCGAAUUCUCGGGAGCUUGAAAAUUGCAAACUUGACGAUUGGUCGGUAAUUUGGUAGAGUCCUGGGACGCGAGCGCCGAGAAUGCAUUGUACAUACGCUGUUUCAGUAACACGCACAAUCCGACCAUGAGAGUAUCAUUUGAGUUCCAUUUAUUUAAUUUCAUUCAUUUACUAUAGUAUUUAUUUAAUACUCAGUGUGAUUGUCGUGACUCGUGACACAAAAAGAAAAACCUGGGCAGAAAACAUCGGUGAAAUUACGUUGAUUAUCCUGGAAUACGAGCAACUAAAGUCUUGGAAACUGUUGACGCGAAAGAUUACAAGCGUAUUGUUUAAAUCUAUCUUGCUACUCUUUAACAAAGCAGCGAUUUACUGCACAGUUCGCCUAUGUGUAUUUCGUUUCCAUUAAUAAAUUUAACGCGCAUCACUUUCCUCUGAUUCGUAUGCGUCGGCACGUCGCAUAAAGGAACCAGUGUACCUCGCUGAAAAGUACCAUGUUUCGCACGUGAAAUAUGCUGUCGAAUAAUUAUUGAACGUUACGUAAAUUAUUCGCGAUCGUUUUAACGCGUAUAUAACAAGCAGUUUGCAAAAAGUUGUCGCUUUCAAACAUUUCUACAGCUAAGCGUACAAAUAGUUUGUAUAUUGCGGUAAUUAUAAUAUUUAACAAAUCCUGCUGAAUAUUCACGCAAAUCGUUGCUCGCAUAAACGAGUAACAGCGUGCGCAAAAGAAUUUGCAUUACGCAUUUACGUGACUAUUACGAUUGAUUAUUAUAUGCUAUACGUACUGAUUUUCGUUUUGUAUAUACUUGAAAUAUUUGCCACUAUUAACUUUAAGUACAUGUCGAUAAGGUAGAAUCUAAAAGUGUGAUAAAAGAUGAAACGCAUAAUAUAUAUUCGAAAGGAGGAAUUAACGAGAGAUUAAGACAAUGUGAUAAAAUUAACACACACACACACACACACACACGCACACGCACACGCACACGCGCACGCGC